CUGUGCAAUUAAUCGUAUUUUAAUCGCGAUUACGAUUAUGGCUUGCGACGAUUAUGAAAACAGCAUAAUUGACAAAAUACGAUUAUUUUGCUGGGUGCGCUUUCGCCCCUCCCUAAAAGCCCACUCGGCCACGUGGGAGUGACAUGUGUGAGUGUUCAGCGCGAGCGAAGAUGUCAGAACAAGAGCAGCAACUCGUUAAAAAGAAGGGUAAAACUAUUUCCACUAUUUGGAAGUACUUUGGCUUUCAGGAGUCCGACGUGGAGCAAAACAAAGUACAGUGCAGGAUUUGUUACCAGGUUGUGUUGGCACCACACGCUAACACAACCAAUCUCUUUAAUCAUCUGAAAUACAACCACAAAGUGCAAUACGACGGGGCAAUAAUACAACAAAAAGCAGACCAAAAAGAUGCCCGCUCGACUUCAUCCACAACAUCAUCACAGUCAUCGAUUCAGGACGCAUUGCACAGAGCAACGGCCUACGCGACGAGCUCGCAGAGACACAGAGAUAUUACAGGUGCCAUUACAUUUCACAUCGCUAAAGAUAUGUGCCCAGUUAGCACUGUUAGCAACCAGGGCUUUAAGCAACUUGUCAACACGUUGGACAAGCGUUACGCGAUGCCGUCUCGGUAUUAUUUCAGCAGGUCUGCGCUGCCUGCGCUAUAUGACAAAUGCCGUGGGGAAGUUGAGAGAGAUGUGGCUUCAGCUGACUACUUUGCCACCACAACGGACCUAUGGUCUAGCCGCACCAUGGAGCCAUACAUGAGCCUCACAGUUCAUUAUAUCGAUGCCGAUUUCAAUUUGAAGACAAAGUGUCUCCAAACCGCAUUUUUCCCUGAAGACCACACGGGGCAAAACAUCGCCCAUGGACUGAGGGAAGCGAUGGCUGCUUGGGGGUUAAAAGAGGAUAAACUCGUCUGUAUGACUACGGACAAUGCCGCAAAUAUAAAGCUGGCGGCUGAGGUCAAUGGAUGGAUGAGGCUCCAGUGUUUCGGGCAUAGACUCCACUUGGCCAUAGAGAAUGCAAUGAAGGAUCCCAGGAUCGGCCGUGCAAUGGGGCUUUGCAAGAAGCUGGUCAGCAGCUUCUCCUACAGUUGGAAAAAGAAGAGUGAACUUGCAGUGGCACAGCAGCAGCUGAAUCUGCCUGAACACUCCCUAAAGACAGAAUGUCCAACCAGAUGGGGAUCUAGGCAGGCCAUGAUCGACAGGGUCCUCGAGCAGCAGAAGGCCAUUGCCCAGGUCCUUUCCAGCGACCGAAAAACCAGACAUCUCUCCCUCACGUGGCAGGACGUUGAUGUACUGGAGGCAAUCAAUAAGUCGCUUAGCCCUCUGGUGGAAUUCACAGACGCACUUUCUGGAGAGAAGUAUGUAAGUGUGUCUUUUUUGAAACCAACCCUGCACCUCUUCAACAACUCAUUGCUGGCAGUGCAGGAGGAUGACACAGACCUCACAAAAAGCAUAAAAAAGAAGAUACUAGACUAUCUCAAUGAUAAAUAUGAUGACGCAGCGACACAAGAGCUGCUUGACAUGGCCUCUGCCCUGGACCCGAGAUUCAAGCUCAAAUAUGUCAGUGAGGACAAUCGAGGAUCCAUUGAAGCCAGUCUGACAACUGAGAUGAGGAGGGUGAUGACACUCAUGGAGAACGCCCCUCUUGAGACGGCAGAUGACACGGAGGAUGCUGCUGCAGCUGCACCAAAGAAGAAAAAGAAGGGACUGGGGAGCUUCUUCAAGGCCACCGUAGACCAAGCUGCAGAACCUCAACCUGCUCUGGAAAAGGACAAGGCCAUAGCUCUUGAGCUACAGUCCUACCUCCAGGCAGUGCCACUGGAUGCUGAGGAGGACCCACUAAAGUGGUGGAGGGAAUCCCGGAAGUUCUACCCACGGCUCUCCAUCCUGGCAAGGAAGUAUCUGUGCAUCCCAGCCACAAGUUCCUCUUCAGAGAGGGUCUUCAGUACAGGUGGCAAUAUUGUCACCUGCCUGCGCUCGUCUCUGAAACCAGACCAUGCUACCUGGAUUGCACGUACAGUUGCACCUGUGAAGAAUGGAUGCACGAUGGCAAGGCUGCUCAACCCGACAGAGAAAGAGUUAAAGCUGCACACCGGUUCCCAUUUAGGUGUGUUGCACCAUGUUAAGGACUGUGAUCUACUCACCCCCGCUGAGGUUUUCCCCUCUCAGCAGGGGGCUACCCCUCUGCCGGAUGUGGCUGGCUUCCCGUUGUCUGCUGAACAGAGACUGCAGCUGCAGGCCUUGAUGGGGAAACACCAAGGGGUGUUCGGCUCUGGGAAGGGCAGAACAGGAAACACCGGUCUGAUCAAACAGAUGCAUACAGACGCAUACAGACAGGUGAUCAUUCCCCGGUCAAGCGUCGGGCCUACCGUACUUCGCCAGAAAAACGGAAGGAGAUAG